GAAGAAGAAUUCAGAAUUGUCCCGUGAUGCUUUGCUGUGCCAACGUAUGCAAACAGGAACAUGGCCAUCGGUUUUAACGUCGGUGCUUUUUAAUUGGGAGCCUUAUACAGCCUGUGACAGCCCGUGAAUCUGCUACGGAACCAAACCCACAAUAGAUUAGAGCGGCGGAGCGUGGAGACUGAGAAGCGGCGUCCUGGUUGUUUCCCAUCAGUGUCAUCAUGGCGAGUCCAAGGACCCGAAGAGUUCUGAAGGAAGUGAGAACCCAGGAGGAGAAUAAUCUUUGUUUUGAGUGUGGCGCGUUUAACCCUCAGUGGGUCAGUGUGACAUAUGGCAUUUGGAUCUGCCUGGAGUGUUCUGGAAAGCACAGAGGCCUGGGAGUGCACCUCAGUUUCGUGCGCUCUGUCACCAUGGACAAGUGGAAAGAUAUUGAACUGGAGAAAAUGAAGGCUGGGGGAAAUGGGAAAUUCCGCCUUUUUCUAGAACUCCAAGAUGAUUAUGACCCGAACUGGACCUUACAGGAGAAGUACAACAGCAGAGCCGCCGCACUCUUCAGAGACAAGGUAGCAACAUUAGCUGAAGGUAAGGAGUGGUCCAUUGAUACAUCCACUGCUAAAAACUGGACUCCUCCGCAACCCAAGUCAAGCCUUUCAUCCUCUCACAGAUCUGGAGGAUCGGGUCAGACCCAGGUCAGUUCUAAUGACAAGGCGUUUGAGGAUUGGUUGAGUGACGACGUCAACUCUUAUCAAAGUGGGGGGGGCUACAGUGGGAACCAAGAGAAUCGUUAUGUUGGCUUUGGCAACACAGUAACCCCAGAGAAGAAGGAUGACGACUUCUUGAACAAUGCAAUGUCUUCAAUUUACUCAGGUUGGAGUAAUUUUACUGUUGGUGCCACCAAAUUUGCUUCAAUUGCUAAAGAUAAUACGACUAAACUGGCAAGCCAAGCAACUUUAAAGGCCACAGAGUUAGGACAGACUAUAAAUGAGAAUGUUAUCAAACCCACCCAAGAGAAGGUAACAUCUAUGUCUGAGGUUGUUGCUUUGGUGGUGGGCUGCAGUGCUUUCUAGAGAAAAAAAAACAAACAGCUUCAGAUGUGAAUGUGCUCUUUUUCUCUCCUAUGUUAGUCUCUGCUACAUCUUUGCUCAAU